AUGGAAGGAUUCGAGAGCGGCAAGGAGGCGACCGAUCUGCGUCGGUGGAAGCUGAAGGUGGACGAGGGCCGUCAGGUAUGGCACUACAUCGACGGCGACGAGCCCGUCCAACAGUCCCUCACCGACAAAUACACUCUCGGCCUCCUUUCCGACGAGGAUGUGCCUCCAACGGACCCGGCAUCUACGCCCCUCGAAGCCGCGGAGAAGGCCGUGGCGUUCUACCAGCAGAUCCAAAGCGAGGACGGACACUGGGCCAUGGACUACGGUGGCCCGAUGUUCCUCAUGCCCGGACUGCUCAUUGCGUGCCACGUGACUGGCGUCGAGCUGCCUCGUCCGGUGCAGAUCGAAAUGGUGCGCUACCUCACCAACCGACAGAACGCCGACGGCGGCUGGGGCCUACACAUUGAGAGCCCGUCGACGAUCUUCGGCACGGGCAUGAACUACACGGCCAUGCGCCUGCUGGGCGUCCCCAUGGAGGACGACCGCAUGAAGCGCGCCCGCGAGUUCCUCGCCGCCAACGACGGCUGCAAGGGCAUCCCCUCGUGGGGCAAGUUCUGGCUGGCGGUCAUGGGCGUCUACGAUUGGGAGGGACUCCACCCGAUCCCGCCCGAGCUGUGGCUGCUCCCCUACAUGCUCCCCAUCCACCCCGGCCGUUGGUGGUGCCACUGCCGCAUGGUGUACCUGCCCAUGGGCUACGUGUACGGGCGCCGCAUCACCGCCCCGGAGAGCCCCCUCGUGCUCUCCCUGAGGAAGGAGCUGUACCCCAACGAUGACUACGCCAAGAUCAACUGGUACUCGAUUCGGUCCUACGUGUCUCCGCUGGACCUGUACUACCCGCACUCCACGCUUCUCGAGUGCCUCUACGUCAUUCUGGACAACUACGAGAAGGUGCACAGCUCGUGGCUGAGGGAAAAGUCAGUCCUGCUCACCGCCGAACACGUCGCCGCGGAGGACAAGUUCACCGACUGGGUGUGCAUCGGACCCGUGAACAAGACCAUCAACAUGCUGUGCUCGUGGCACGCCCAGGGCAAGGACUCCAAGGAGUUCCAGAGGCACGUCGACCGCGUGCCCGACUACCUCUGGCUUGCCGAGGACGGCAUGAAGAUGCAGGGCUACAACGGCAGUCAGCUGUGGGACACGGCGUUCUCGGUGCAGGCCAUCAUCGAGACCGGGCUGGGCGACCAGUUCCAGGAGUGCCUGCAGAAGGCCUACUCCUACAUCGACAUCACCCAGGUGCGCGAAGACGUUGAGCAGAUGGAGUACUUCUACCGCCACAUCAGCAAGGGCGCCUGGCCCUUCUCCACGCGCCACCACGGCUGGCCCAUCUCCGACUGUACCGCCGAGGGCCUCAAGGCUUCGCUCCUCCUCAAGCAGUUCAGCUGGGUGACGCCGUUCGAGGACCAGCGCUACUUCGACGCCGUGAACGUGAUCCUGUCCCUGCAGAACAGCGACGGCGGGUGGGCCACCUACGAACUCCAGCGCGGCCCCUCCAUCCUCGAGUACAUCAACCCCGCCGAGGUGUUCGAUGCGAUCAUGGUCGACUACCCGUACGUGGAGUGCACGUCGGCCUGCGUGCAGGCCCUCACCAUGUUCGUCCAGCACUACCCUCGCCACCGCGCGACCGAGAUCACCACUGCGGUGAAGAAGGCUGUGGACCUGAUCAAGAGCAAGCAGCGCCCCGAUGGCAGCUGGUAUGGCAGCUGGGGCGUGUGCUUCACCUACGGCACGUGGUUCGGUGUGGAGGGCCUCAUGGCGGCCGGUGAGCCCAGCGACAGCCCCUACAUCCAGCGGGCGUGCCAGUUCCUCCUCUCCAAGCAGAACCACGAGGGCGGCUGGGGCGAGACCUUCGAGUCGUGCUCGACCAAGCAGUACGUGCAGAACGAGGAGACGCAGGUGGUCAACACGGCCUGGGCGGUGCUCACCCUGCUCAAGGCCCAGUGGCCCGACCGGAGGCCCGUGGACAGGGCCGUGCAGGUGCUGAUGAAGAGGCAGCUGCCCAACGGCAACUGGCCGCAGGAAGACAUCAAGGGUGUGUUCAACGCCAACUGCGCCAUCAGCUACACGGCCUACAAGAACAUCUUCCCCAUCUGGGCUCUAGGCCUGUAUGAGCACACUCAGCCCCAGUCGCAGAAGACUGCCAAGCUCUAA